UUGUUGGCAUUGUGCCGCGCAAAUCAGAAUAGUGCGGUCGUCAGUUGACAUUUUAUUUAAAAUGGAAGCGUAAACCGAAUUAAAUUGUGUUCGUGUCUUGUGUUGUUUUCUGUAAAUGGAUUUUUUGAAUCGGAAUAUUCGUUUUCGGUAAUAACGCAAGCGCUACCACGGGUCGCGUGGAUGUUAGCGCUGAAUGACCAGUUGCUGGGAGUUGAAUCUAAUAGCUGUCCUGAAUGUUAUCUAACAACGUACAGGCCUUAAGUGUUAAAGGCUGUAGGGAAUAUUAGCGAAGCUUUACCUGCUUUAGAGGACGACAGCAGAAGACCGGAAGAAUUUGGAUUGCAGUCAAAAUAUAUCGGUUCUCUUACAAAUUGUUCGACCCAAAACCAGAAUCUCGUUUAGCUAACGAAAGUGACAUAAAACCCAUAAUAUUUUGUAGCUUAAGGCCUACAUUUGUAUUUGCCUGUAGUUGAAACUACGAGCUGUUGUGUAUCGGAAAGCUGGGGCGAGAAAAUUAUUCGUUCAUGAAAUAAAUUUAUGAAGAAAAAAACUUCUAAUAAAAGGAUUAAAUUAUAACGAUAAAAAUAAAAUAAAAACAUAUUGAAGAAAAUCAAUUGGUAACACCUUAAGACAGCGAACUAGCCUCUGAGAGAUACACAGAUAUAGAAGUAUUCGUGAUGAAAUUAACCGUGUGAUUCGUCGGAGUUUAAAUAAUAUUUGGACUGCAUAAAAUUUUCUUUGGAUGAUUCAUAAAUUACCAUUAUUUAUUUAAAUUUAACCCAAUUGAGUAAAUGACGCAGUAUUUACUUUGAAUACCAAAAAAAUCACUGGAAACAUACACAGGAACUAUAACAAAAACUUGUUUGUCUUACGAAAGAAAUAGUAAAAUAAUUAUGGAGCUUGUGAAGAGGUCAUUUUUACAAAUUGCAUGACGUAACAAUAAAACUUUUUUCGAAGCAAACAAGAAAAACAAUUGCGCAAGUGAAUUUCGAAGCAAAACAAACAAUUGAGAGAGAAGAAGAAUUAUUACUAUAAUUCACAUGGUAGUUAUUUAAUGUGAGAGACACGCAUUAUGUUAUACAAUUUACUAGAUGGAAACUGUAGGAGCGUAAUACUUAUGAUGGGCGCUCGUAAAUUUGCUGCUGGAAGAUUUGAAUAGGAAAUUUCAAGAGGAUUUUACAUCUAUUUAUUCAACGGUGAACAAUAAACGUUUGUGCACACAAUAGAACUUUGUAGAGGCGAACGAACCCAAAAUGGUGAUCGUGAAAUUAUAGAGAAAUCCAAACGAAAACUGUUCGAAGGCGUGAAUGAGUAAUGCGAUUAUGGAGUCCACGAAGAAUCGGUGAUUCUUGCGGAUGUCGAAUUGAAUUUGGAUCGGAAUUGGCAGAUAGUGUACCGGUAAGCCGAGAUGACGCGAAGGAAAAUAGUGUGUGGUAAAGGGACUAUAGUUUUGUUUUUAAUUGUGUUUACACCGUACGUUUUAACGCGGCCACAUGACGAGCAAUCAGUUGACAAUUCACAGACAGAAACAUCACAAAACAUAAGGUAUAGAUUUAAGAAUAAUAUUGAUACAUUUAGUCCUAAUUUGCCCAUAGUCAUUACCUACCUCAAUGGUACUACAGCUAAUUCUUUCAAUGCUACUGAAAGUGUUACUAGCGAACUAAUCAAAGUUGAUAGAGAGGGUCGUGUGGUUAAAAAACGCAAACCCAAUACUAAGAAUAAUGCAAAACGUAAAGUUAAUUCUAAAAAUAAAAUUGAUAAUGAUAAGGAAGGGAAACCUGCAAGGAAAUCAACAAUACGGAAGGUAAUAACUAAAUGGAACGAUGAAACGAAAUAUGAGGCUCUAGAAUUUCCACCUGAAUCUAUAACAAAUGAUAAACUAUAUGAUAAAGUACAUUUUACACAUUUUAAUGAUGGUAGUACAAAGUCUGAUGAUAAUAACGCGAAACGCUAUCCUUACGGUCAAACACACAGUACGUACUACAGACCUAUACCAGAAUAUUCUGAGGAAACUCAAGUGUAUUCUAAUAACGUUCACAUUUUAGACUAUCCUUACAAUAGGCCCUCAUAUAUUCACACUACACCUCCGAGUCCAACACCUAUAAUCACGAAUGUAGGCUACCCAAAACCAUGGCCGCAAAUUCCGCAGGUCACCAGGAAGACCACACGAAAACCAGCCCCGGUCACUGAACCAGUUAAAGAUUAUAACUAUCACAACAUCGUACAUAAUAAUUAUCCGAAUUUCGAGGUCACGACUUUCGAGCCAAGCAAUGCUUAUACAGAAAAAAUCGUGAUACGGCCCGACGAAUACAAUGCCUCGCCUGAUGAAUGUCCCACUAUUUUCCUUACUCUAAACAAUACAUUUCAAGGGCAGGCCAAAGAGGCGUGUCCCGAUUUGAAUAUAGCUGUAAAUACUAACGUUAUAAAUAAGAACGUUGUCAUCGAUUCCGACGAGGAAGAUGAUUCAGAUAGUAUAUUGCCAGCUUUAGGUAUACCUUUAGAUGAUGACUCCCUGAACGAUGAUUCUUCGACUGGAGAUUACUUCCAGUCUGAAGAACAAGUGCAAGGAGACAGUGCUUCAGUUGAAGGUACCGCUCUGGCGAACUACAACACAGCUAACUCUGCUGUUCAAUCUCAAUUAUCAGAACCAAUAUCUUUGGGAUCUCCGACAUCUCCGUUGUCAGCUCUGUCGAAACCAGGCAGACCUAAUAAGGACGAUGACGAUCUAUUCGGUUUUUCGUCUUUAUUAACCUUCUUUAGGCCGGCAGUAAGCGCUCUUGGCUGGCUAACAUCCUUAAAUCCCAUUUUAUUUGGAUUAUUCCCUUUAUUGUUGACACCAAUAGCAUUUUUUUUUGCUGGAUCCGGAGUUGCGAGUUUUUUCUCCACCUGGUUUUUACCAUACGGUCGAGAAGCACCAAAAGUUGUUCACUUAUACAAGCCGGAGCUGUAUUGGCAUGAUAGAAUGGAGAAGUGGCAAUCACACGAGUUUCCAACUAAUAGGAGAGUGGGCUCGCGAUUAAGAAACGGUGAGGUGGAAAAUAGAGAGGGUGGUAAAGUGAAUAUGAUUUCCAGAAUGAAACAGUGGAUGAGACUUGCCACUGAAAAAAUAAGAGAACUGGAUAAAAAUCAAGAGCUAUCUAGUAAUCACAAGAGCAAAAGAAAAAAUUCCAGGUCUACAAGCUACAAAGCUGCGGACAUAACGAGUGAAGAUUCAUCGACGGCUGUACCUAAUGCACCUAAAGUUCUCAAAUCCAAGGAACCGAUUGGAGAUGCCCUUCAAGAACUAGCCAGCCAACUGCUCGAGAAAACCGAGAACACGUCCGAGCAAGUAAUCGCUGAAAGCAGAGUAUCCACAAAACUAAAGUUUCCAAAUCAAAAACACAAAACAAUACAAAACGAAGACGAUGCUUUGUAUAAUGGGCAUGCAGGAGAGGCAGUUCCCAUCACAAUCGAAGAUCUUGAAACUGAGAAUGCCAGUGAUGUGAUCAAUGACUCUGCUACUACCAAGGAAGGUAUAUCUACUUGGGUCUUAGUGAGUAGUCCCACGAAUGUGUCUUCAGUAUCCACGGAACCUACGAAAACGGAUGAAGUGAAGAAGUCGAAGCCAACAGGAAAUAAAAAUAAAAAACGACCUUCGAACAAGAAUCAGGCUAAACGUCCAAUUAUAGCGAGCAGUAACAAAGCUGAUUUGAUUGCGGCGGGUUCGGCUAUCAAUGAAAAUGUUUACAAUAAAAUCAAGGAUACAGUGCUGACGAAUGUGCAAAAGAACAAAAAUGCUAACUCUCAAAGAACUACUACUACCACAACGACCCCGGUUCCAACAGAAACGCCUACAACAACGAAAGAAACAACAAAAGCCCCCGUGACUAAAACUAAAAACAAAAACAAAAAUAAACAAAAAACUACCACAACAGAAGCUCCGAGCUACGACGACUCAGCGUUGUUGCCGAUGGAGGCCAAAGAAUCAGAAAUUGAAGUUGAAAUCAGUACCCCACCAACAACAACCAAAAAACCUAAACGAAACACAACACGCAAGAAGAAUAAAAAACGAAAACCAAGUGCUUCUAAGCCCACAGACGCUACUGGAGUCUCAGAUAUCAAAGCAAACAACAAAACUAAAACAUCCAAACCUACUAAGAAACCCGAAACCGGUGCAAUCACUACGCAGCUAUACAAUUAUUUCUCUAGAGAAGUUAUGCCGUCCGUGGGUGUUGGAAUGAUCGGGCUUGCAAGUUUAGUAGGCAUAGCAAGCUACUUCUUCUACCCAUUCUCUACACCAGUCCGCAGAACUUUCGAGGUUGACAAGAAAGACGACUUGUAUAAAUACAAUGCAGAAGAAUACGCAAAUGACGGUAAUGGCCAACCCGAGGAAGAGAUGCUCGGUACUGUAUUAGCCGGUAUGCCUUCUCAUUCAAAAUACAAGCUAAACCCUUAUGCUGGCCAAACGGCACAAGUAAAUCGCUAUCCAGUUAAGAAGGAACAAGAUUUGAGGCAUCGACACGUGGCUGCUUACGAUCCUACUAACAACAGAUUUCCACAACAGAAAACCGGUAUAGCACAUGGCGCUGUUUACCCGAAACCCGUAAAUUAUGGUGUACAGUAUGAAACACGACACGUUUACACUACUGAGGGUAAAUAUAAUUAUGAAAAAGCUCAGAGCUACACUCCGUAUCCGGCAGUCGAGCCAAUUUAUGCUGCACCUCAAACCGGAUCUGGCGUUUCUGGUUACGGCGGCGAUACACCCAGUGCAGUAGUAUAUGGAAUCAAGCCUGGCGAUGAAUCCGAUUUCAAACCAGUGUAUCCGUUCGACGGACAAUUUUACGGUGAGUCGACCAGUAGUCCAGCUACUUACGCUCCAACUUCUAUGUAUUUAGGCUCCAAUAGCGAAACGCAAGAUGACAAUGCCGAUGAUUUAAGCGGUAAUGAGUCGGAUGAAAGCAAAUUUGUUGUCGGGAAUGUGCCCAAGGAACUAAUGGACACAGCUACCCCUGCGGUAGUCCGCGAGCACGGCCCGAGAAAACUGAAAAAGCGUAGCAUUUCCACGUCAUUGGAAGAGAUAUUGAGAGCCGAAAAAGAUAACAACAUAUUUAUCAGUAAUGAAAUUGACGAUACAUACAAUCCACCGAUCAGAAACCUUGCCUCGCUAGAUACGAAUGAGAUUGGAAAACCUAAUGAAGUUAUACCGAUUUACCCUUUAUCUGAACCAAUCAAAGAAGACAAUAACAAACAAAUGAUAAUUGAAAGCGUAUCCACUAUUCCCGUUGACAAAGAAAGUACCACGACCGAAUCCAAUACAUCUGAAUUCACUACGAAAGCGUUCAAAGUUUACGAGGUGUUUACAACUGAUAAUCCCGAAAGUCCUAAAGUCGAUAUCACAACAGAAUCCAAGGUUAUAGUGACAGAGACCGUCACGGACAGACCUGACACGUCGACUGUACCGUCAUCAUCAUCAUCUGUCAGCGUAGAUACAUCAUCUAUGCGACCAAAACCGACCGACAGUCCUGACGUCAUCACCUACCCACCUCUGAACCAGGGCGGCGGCUUCUUUUCCUUUUUACGAAGGCUCGUUGAUUUUAAAUACAGAUUAGGCUUAAGCAUUCUGCAAAACACUUCAGAAUCAUUGAAUAGAUAUUUGCGUAGUAUGGAGGACACUAUGGAGAAGGUAGCUAAGGCUUCUAAUAAGUAG